GGCAGUGGCUAAUCAUGAAAACUACAUCCUUUUGUUUUAUGGGAUACACCAGAAGUGCUUGGAGGCUCCUCUUGGAUUGUUUCAUAUGGUGCUUUGGGGGCCAUGGGAAUUAAACUUGGGUUGGCCACAUAUCUUACUGUACACUUUGAUUUCUAUCUUGUGCCAAGUAAUGCUUUGGAGACUCCAAUUUUCAUGUGACUCAGUUCAUACGCAUCCUUUAGGGUUGAAUACUUUGUCCUUGUUAAAACUUUAUCAUGGGCUGCUCGGCUGGGGCUGUCCCACACCUGAGGCAGGAAAGAUGGUGGCCGAGAAGACAAAAAAGUCGCGGGAGUCCAUCAACUCCCGACCCCAGCUGGUGAUGAAGAGCGGCAAGUACGUGCUGGGCUACAAGCAGACACUCAAGAUGAUCCGCCAGGCCAAGUCCAAGCUGGUCAUCCUGGGCAACAACUGCCCGGCGCUCAGGAAAUCUGCAAUCGAGUACUAUGCCAUGUUGGCCAAGACCGGGGACCAUCACCACAGCGGCAAUAACAUUGAGUUAGGCACAGCCUGUGGGAAAUAUUACAGAGUGUGCACACUGGCCAUCAUCGAUCCAGGCAAUUCUGAUAGCAUCAGAAGCAAGCCAGAACAGACUGGUGAAAAGUAA